UUCAUUUAGUAUCGCAGAUCGAAUGUGCAAAAUCAGAUAGCUAAAUGAUGGAUGUGGAAGCAGAUGCUCUGAAAGAUCAUUCUUGCACUCAACGCAGGAGAGAUAGCUGUCGCCAGCUUUUUCGCAAAACUUAGGGAGCAACCGCUCGAUUAAUUCGCCGGCCGGAUAACUAUUCUGCCGAUUAAUUUCUGAUGGGCAUCAGCUCAGUCUUGAACCGAGGAUCGAAACACUGGGAAAAACAGUCUAGAUGGCUUCUAUGAGGCAUCAUCAUGAAAGCUGUGGCCUGGUCAUAGCCCAGAUAUGAUGUGGAUGACUUAUUGUGCAGCUUCGGUUGCUGAUUUUCGCCCCAUGCCAGUCACAGUGAAUAUUUGUGAUGUGAUUUUGCUGUUGUUUAUGAUUGCGAGGCGAAUAAUUCUCGUUUCUUAUUCGUCUCACAAAGAAUUGCUCACAGUGUUAUGAUGUCUUUCCAUUGUUACUCACACUCAAUCACGCCUCCAAUCUGCAGUUUAAUACUCAAUUAAAAGUUCAACUAUAAUUGCUGAGCUACAAUUUGACGUAAUAACAGCUGUUGAGUUGAAAAAAUAUAAUUUCGUGAAGGCCAUUUCUAAUCCGCCAGUUUCAAAAGCCAGUUAAGGUCACUAAUAGAAGUGUGAACGAAUUGGAACGAGGUGUGAACGAAUUAGAGUGAAGUGUGAUCAGAAUGAGCAGUAUUGAGAUCAUGUACCAGCCCUCGGAGCAAUUCGACCUUCUGCAGGGAUUCGGAGUUUUGCCCAAAGUAGCCGAGAGCAUCGACAAAUUGCACCAGAAUGGGAUGUUACCGGGUGAGUUGAGUGACCAGGUGAUAGAUGCGUUCCGGGAGAUGGGGGAACAGCAGGCGAUGCAGGUGCUGAACACUUUCCAGAAUAGCAACCUCAACACUAUCAACAACAGGAGUGCCUUUCUCCUCGGACUCAUUAAACAAAGCUACAAAGGAACACCGAAGACGGAAGUGUCACUCUCAGAAGACACUUCAAUGCAAGCAAUGGGAGGCGGUGCUCAAAUGACGUCGUUUGAGACUACCGACCAAUACGCCACUCCCCAGCCGGAAAUGGUCGGGGGAGGCUACGAAGCCUCAGGUGGCGAGUAUGGAGUGAUGGAUUACGAUGCUGUUGGUGACAUGGGAGGGGGAGCGGUAGGAGGGGGAAUGUACGGAAUGGGAGGAAUGGGUUCCAUGCACCAUCAGCAGGGUGCGAUGGGAAUGUAUGGGGGCGGUGGGGGGUUCCAGCCGAUGGCUAUCAAGUGUGGUCCGAACGAGGACGCGAUGAGUGCAAUUCUGGCCAGGACUGGAUACCCCCAUGAAGUGACGCCCUCUCUCAGGAGAUACGGGGGACCCCCUCCUGACUGGACUGGGCCAAAACCCACGCAAGGAGUAGAGGUGUUUCUGGGCAAGUUGCCCGAGGAUCUGUACGAAGAUGAGUUGAUUCCCCUGAUGGAGAAGUGCGGAAAAAUCUACGAGUUAAGAGUGAUAGUAGACAAGGAGGGUUACAACAGGGGCUUCGGAUUCGUCACCUUCUGCGACAAGGAGUCGGCCAAGAAUGCAGUGAACACAUAUGCCAACUAUAGAAUUCGUGGCCGGAAGAUAGUGUGCAACUUGAACGUGCAAUUCACCAAGCUCUACGUGGGCGGCAUUCCCAAGGACAAGACACGUGAACAGAUCUUCUCCGCCUUCUCCCAGGAGGUGGAAAAACUCACAGAUGUCGUCAUUCAGGAACCAGAUGAUGUGUCUUCUCUUAACGGUCAAAACAGAGGUUUCUGUUUCCUGGAGUUCGACUGUUACUUUGACGCCGCAGCCGCCAGACGCAAACUGAUGAGCCAGAGGAGCUCUAUCGCUGCAUGGGACAACUACCGCAAGUUCAAGGUAGACUGGGCCAUUCCUCUGGACAAUCCGGACGAGGCAGUGGCAAAUAGGUCAACAGUCAUCUUAGUAACGAAACUCAACGACUCCGUCACACAAGGAGACCUUCAUGAGAAAUUUGGGAAGCACGGAGUGAUCAAGUCGUGCAAUAAGACGGGGCAGCAUGCAUUCAUCACCUACCAGGAGAGGAGUGGGGCUGAAAGUGCAGUGGAGGCGGAGAACCACCAGUUCAUCAAGGACUGCCAGAUGGAGGUCACGAUACACGUUCCACUUACCCCAAUCGCCAAGCGAAUGGUCGAGGCAAUCAAAGGGCCGAGAGGGGGAGCAAAUUUUGCACCCGGAAUGCACCCAGGAGGCAGGGGCGGAGCGAUGGGUGGGUCAUUUGGAGGACGCCCCAGAGGAAGAGGAGGCAUGGGGGGAAUGAAUGCUUACCAGAUGGGGGGCAUGGGACGUCAAGAUGGGUUCCGUGGUAGAGGUGGGGGCUUCGGUGGCAUGGGAAGGGGAGGGCGGGGUUUCGGAAUGGGUGGUGGUCGAGGAGGAGGGGGCAUGUUCAACCCCAUGGAGAGGGCAGGUAGUUUUACCAGGGCACGACUGAUGAACAGAGGAGGCAGUAUUUUUGGUGACAGAGGCGGAGCAGCUUUGCAGGGGGGCGCAUACAAUCCAUACGGGCUGCAAAGAGGAUCUGGAGUCUACAAAAACAAGCAAAGAGGUUUUGGAGGAAACACUUCAAUGCAUGGCGGCGGUGGAAAUAAUUCAUUUGCUAUGCAGACUACGUAUUCGCAAUUGGGGAGCUCGUUCACUCAGUUUUAAACAAUUUCAAAUGUCAGCUGUGAAACAUUUAAAAAAAAUCAAAGAAAAUUUUGACGAUAUCGUGUCAAAGUAGCUAUAAGUAUAAAGUAACUCAAAUGAAUUCUUUUAAACUGCUCGCUAUUACCUGGUCCUACAUAAUUAGAAGUCUGUUUUUCGAUUUAUCCGUUUUUGUUGUGAAGUAAUUCUCAUUAUUGAUGUUAUGAAUGUAUUGAAACAAUUAUGAUAUUCUGUUUUUGAUAUUUGUUGCAAUAAACGAUAAGUUUUCAUCUCGUUGUCUUAGCAAUAUUUUUUUUUAAAAAAGCGAGAGAAUUUAAUUAAUUCUAAAAUGGAA